GGCUGCGCCCAGUUGACAGGUGCCGGAACUGUAAAGUGUCGUUAGCUUAUCAAUAUUUAUCUCUCAUCGUGUAGUGAAAGAGUUGUCAACUUUACGUGUCUAGUUAGUAGCUAACAAUUGGACAAAUAGUGUAAUUCAUAUUUUUUUUUUUACAAGAAAAAGGUAUAUAGCCCGUGGUGUCGAAAACUGGUGUCUGCAAAACUACUUUGCUAGCUUUUGAUAGCUGUGGGAAUCCUUGUAUAUCAGACAUCAGGAUGGGCUCGAGGAAGCUUUACUAAGCUGUACAUACUACAUGUACAUACAAUGCCGAAAUAUUAUGAAGAUAAAGAAGAUGUGGACAAGAAGCCUAAAGUGGCUUGUUCUGGUCUAAGGGACGACCUGAAAGAAUGCUUAUUAAAGAGUGACUGUGUUAGAGUGCAUGGUAAAACACCAAAGGAAUGUUUGAUGUUGAAAAAUGACCCAAAUAUCCCAGAAGAGUGCUACAGCCUGAGAAGGGCAUUUUAUGAGUGUAAACGGUCAUUGCUGGAUAUGAGAACACGGUUUAGAGGAAGGAAAGGCUAUUGAUGUGUGUACAGUAGAAAGGCUACUCAGUACUGAUCUGUGUGAACAUGUGCAGGAUGCAGUUAUGUGGGGCACCACCUGUUGUAGCAGAAAUUUGGCAACAAGACUCUUCAGUACAUGUGUAUGUAUGUUUAACCACAGUGUGUAUCACUGGCGAUAAUAUACACUGUAUUAUUUAAAAUUAAUCAAGGGAAAGAGGACAUUGUAAUUUUAUCCGUAGUUGUAAAGACAUCUAGCUGUGAAGUGAAGGUAAAAUAUGGUGCUGUCUACAGACUGAUAGAUCAGGAGGCAUUUUCUACCUGUGUUUUGUGUUGGUUAAGACUGAUGAUUGGGGUUGUUUUUUUUGUUUUUGUUUUUUUUUACAAGAAUAAAUCUCACAUAGCCUGUGAGUUUAUACUGUCUAGUUGAAACACUGGCUAAAAAAAAUCUUAGGUAUCUGUACUAAUCUUUCUUGUUUAGACUUGAAGCCUUGGUGUUUUGUUGAAUGGUCACAUUGUAUACAUCUGUUUAAAGGUGUAUCUUCCAGUGCAUUAAAUGGAAAAUUCUAAAAAAAAAAAAAAAAGAUCAGUGAAUCCAACUGUGUAAUAUAAAAGCAGCAAUGAUGAGUUAUGGCUCAGUUGGUUAGUCCGCUAGCGCAGCGUAAUGACUCAGGAGCCUCACACCAAUGCGGUUGUUGUGGGUUCAAGUCCAGCUCAUUCUGGCUUCCUAUCCGGUUGUAAGUGGGAAGGUCUGCAGCAACCUGCUGAUGGUCGUGGGUUUCCCCGGGGCACUGCCCGGUUUCCUUCCACCAUAAUGCUGUUCGCUGUCGUAUAAGUGAAAUAUUCUUUAGUACAGCGUAAAACACCACUCAAAUAAAUAAAUGAAUGAUGAGUUAUAUUCGUUUUGGCACCUCUCUUGGUGUGAAAUUGUCUUGAAUUUCACCCAUGCAAGCCUGGUCAUCGCCUUUCCAGCUCCUGGCUGUCAUGACAAUCACCUAAUAGCAUGAUACCUAAUUGCAACCAUAAGCCAGCAAUAAUGGCAGCACAUCAUGAAAUCCUGCAUGGCUAUUGUUGAUUCUCAUACAUGAUAGGGUCAGACGGCACUUUAGUGGCCAAAUUGUAAGGAGACAGACUAAGCACUGGUGGGCAAAAUGGGACUGGGUGGGGUAUCAUGUCUGGUGUUUUCAGCAUACCAUUCCAGUAUAUUAAGGCAUCCCUAUGAAUAUGUCAGUAUUACUGGGACUGGCCGGAUAAAAAAGCAGACUGGUAAUACCAGCACGUAUAUCUUAGACUUUACUCAUUAACAGUAAAGUAUGAAGAUUCAUCCAUUGAUAUCAGGAGCGUAGCUACAAGGAAACACUGUCAAACAAUAGCAAGUGAAGAAAUUACACAUAUAUAAACUCAACAAUAAUACACACGCAAAUAGCAAUUUUAUAUUGUUUUCUCAAAGUAUUGAAUAAUGUGUUAACUCAACAAGUAAGUAUUCAUUAUCAGGUGUGGCUUCAAAGCCUGAGAACAGAUUGGUCAGUAAUCACAGUUCAUGCUCUUCACAAUGCUAAACUUUCGUGUUGUGAACUGUGAUUACCGACCACUCACGCUACCAUAGAUCCUGGAUUACUGCCCUAAAAUCGGAAAAUCUGGUGGAAAUUGAAGCCACAAUUGAUAGUAAUACCUACACUUGUAAGGGGGUAUUGUUGAGUUAACACGUUAUAAAAUUCAAACUCAAAAACGAUAUAAAAUUGCUUUGUGCAUGUAUAUUUUUGUAGAGUAUGCUUAAAAGGACAGUGACUAUGAACAUUUUCUGAAAUCAAAGUGCACGUAGAUCUAUUAAAGUAAUUUUCUAUGCUUUGGA